AUGAGCCGAGCUGGAAGUGGGAAGAUGCCGGAGCAGAGCGGAACAGGGGCUGCUGCAGCUGCGGCUGCUCCUGCUACCGGGCCCCGGGGGAAAAAAAGGGAGGGGGGACGGAUGUUCGCCGGCCUGCAGGAGAUCGGCAUCGCCAACGGGGAGGAUCUGAAGGAGACCCUCACCAACUGUACCGAACCACUGAAAGCCAUAGAGCAGUUCCAGACAGAAAAUGGGGUCCUCCUUCCAUCACUGCAGUCAGCACUGCCAUUCCUGGAUCUUCAUGGCAUUCCCCGACUGGAGUUUCACCAGACAGUCUUUGAUGAACUGCGAGAGAAGUUACUGGAAAGGGUCUCAUUCAUCGCGUCUGAAGGAAAAGAUGAGGACCGGUACAGUAAAUUGGAAGAGUUGCUGGAGAAAUGUUUUGCUUUGGUUAAAAUGCCAUCAAUCCAGCCUGUGGUGAUGUGUGUAAUGAAACACCUACCAAAGGUCCCAGAGAAGAAGCUGAAGCUGGUGAUGGCGGACAAGGAGCUAUACAAAGCAUGUGCAGUGGAAGUGAAGCGCCAGAUCUGGCAGGAUAACCAGGCUCUGUUCGGUGAUGAGGUCUCACCUUUGCUUAAGCAGUACAUCUUGGAGAAGGAGAAUAUCCUGCUCAGCAGUGAGCUCUCUGUCCUGCACAACUUCUUCAGUCUGUCUCCAAAAACAAGGAGGCAGGGAGAGGUGGUGAAUAAACUGACGCAGAUGAUUGGAAAGAAUGUGAAGCUGUAUGACAUGGUUCUGCAGUUCCUGCGCACGCUAUUUUUGAGGACACGAAAUGUGCACUAUUGUACUCUGAGGGCAGAGCUCCUCAUGUCCUUACAUGACUUGGACGUCAGCGAGAUCUGUUCUGUAGAUCCCUGUCACAAGUUUACCUGGUGCUUGGACGCCUGUAUACGAGAGAAGUUUGUGGAUGCAAAGAGGGCACGGGAACUGCAGGGAUUCUUGGAUGGAGUGAAGAAAGGGCAAGAACAGGUGCUGGGGGACCUGUCUAUGAUCCUUUGUGAUCCUUUUGCAAUCAACACUUUAGCUCUUAGCACCAUUCGAAACCUUCAGGAACUAAUUAGCCAGGAGUCCCUCCCGAGGGAUAGUCCUGAGCUGCUGCUCCUUCUGAGGAUGUUGUCUCUGGGACACGGCGCAUGGGACAUGAUAGAUAGUCAAGUGUUUAAAGAACCCAAACUGGAGGCAGAACUGAUUACUAAAUUUCUUCCUCUGUUGAUGUCCUUGGUGGUCGAUGAUUACACUUUCAAUGUGGAACACAAGUUACCGACUGAGGAAAAAGUGCCGGUUACAUAUCCCAAUACUCUGCCAGAUGUCUUUAUCAGAUUUUUGCAUGAGAACAAAAUAGCCUGCGAGGUGGGACUGUAUUAUUUGCUGCACAUCACAAAACAGAGAAAUAAGAACUCGCUGCUUCGUCUGCUUCCUGCUCUUAAGGAGACAUUUAGUGACACAGCUUUCACAGACAUCUUCCUGCAUCUGUUCACCAGCAAUCUAACACUUCUUGCCGAGGAAUUCAGUUCAGAAGAAUUUUGCAACCAGAUUUUUGAUGGAUUUUUUCUCACAGCUUGCACAAAGAAGGAGAACAUUCACCGACAUGUACUUCGCUUAGUACUUCACCUUCACCACAAAGUGGCGCCAUCCAAAGUGGAGUCUUUACAGAAAGCCCUGGAGCCAGCCAAGACUAGCGGGGAAGCUGUUAAGGAUCUUUAUAACCAACUGUGUGAGAAGUUACAGCAGAGGAAAGCAAGUCCACAACCUCCCGAACCAGAGACACCAACCAUGGACUUACCCCUGCACAGUGUCCCCACUCCUCCCAUCAUCUGA